AUGUCGGAAGCGUUCCUACCAACGGACCUGGCGUCGUUCACGCGUUUCAAGAGCGGUGUUCAAGGCGACAACGUAGUCGAAUUUAUAGAUUUAAUGGUUCAAUCUUUGAACUACAGGUUUACAUCUUCUAAAAUCAACGGAAGAAGGAAAACGGAGGCCGUCAGUGUGUCGAUCGCUGCGGAUAAGCUGUUGCGCCACUACAUUGAUGCAAAGUAUAAAAAUGCCAAUAUGGAUCUUUGCAGGAUCACCGCAAUCGUAGCUUCGCUGGAUAUUACAUUCCGUGAUAACAUCGAUUUGUGUAAAUACGUUUACAACGUAAUGCAGGAUGAAAGGGAUUCCAACGGACUCCCGGGGUUACCACCUGCUAACGCUGAGAAUAAUCGUGUUACAGUGAAAGACUAUGAGAAGUUACAUCCGGAUAGGACAUUGGUACCGCUCGAUGUUGCGGAUCAAGAACUGGCUGACGGCGUUUUUGAUUUAUCAAAUGUAUUUCCUGAACAACUCAAGAAGCUCGUAAGCGACAUGAGAGCGUCAAGAGCGACUUGGUCGGGGAUUACUUUGUUAGACAGAUUACUUCUGGAAUUAGACCCUUACUCAACGAUCCAAACUCUCGUAGAGAAUCGGUUAAAUGACAUAAAGUACACUGGAUCCGGAAACAUGGCGGAAUUCUUGGGUAACAAAAGAAAAUUGUUUACUUCCCUCCCAAAUGAUAGUCAAGUUAGACUCAACAACGGGCUGAGGUUGCGUCGGCAGGUUCAAUCUGCGUUCACGAUAAAUGGGAACGAACUCACCACUUCGGAAACGAUCGAAUUCAGUGGUUUCACCGAAACAAUACUCGUUAUGUUGUUGGCGUCUCCGCUGUCUCGAACGAAUGUCAAAAAGGUGUGUGAGGAGUUACUUUCCCAGCAGCGCGACAAACUGGACUUUACCAAAUGCACGAAUAAGCUUGUUAUAGCUGAUAAACUCGAUCAGGAGACAUCACCUAAACAGCUUGCUGUGAAUAAUCUGAAGCGGAAGAAGUUUCAGCCGAAAGGAGCUUGCUUCAACUGUAACAGGAAAGGUCACAGGUAUUGGGAGUGUAAAUCGCCGUUACGUCCUGAUCUGCAGCGGCGGGUAGACAAGUUUGCCAAUAAGAAACCAAGAGGGAACGAGUCUGAUCCAAAAGAGAAAGACGAGUGACCGAUAAUCCUCGAGACAUAUCAUCUAGGCAACAAAAAUACUUUACUGGUC